ACACUACCCGUUGUUUGACCAGGAGGAAGGUUGUGUAUCGUCUAUUCUAAGGGUGGCAAAAAGAUCGAGUAGUUCAUCGGCUCGUCUCAAUAUGACUCCUGGACAGCUCAACGAGCCCUAGCUUGGAUCGAGCAGGGGGUUCGCUUGAUGAGCCGAGCUCGCGAACGGCUCUUGGUCCGUGCCCACAAGCCUAAAGUUCAUGAGCUAGUCUUGUGGGCUCGUAAAAAAUGUGACAAAAAAGUCAAAAAAAUUUAAAUUAAAAAAAAAAAAAUUCUUAAGAUUGUGGGCUCAGCUUGUGAGCUCACGAGCUCGUGGGCCGAGCCUUGAGCAAGAGCUCGGGCUCGGCAUGGGUAGAUGUCGGCUCGGCCCCAUUGCCACCACUAGUCUAUUCCAUAAUCCCAUAUUUUUUAAAUUCGUACAAGUGCACGGUUCUUUGAUAGGCAUGUUCAAACACAAGCACUUCUACUUCCGUUAGACCUUUCUUUGAGCUCGGGAAAAGAACUUCACCGUUCAUGCUCUUCCUACUCCACUUUUGACGCUUGGUUACUACUUGCAUCUUCGAAUGUGUUUCCCUACUUUCUUCAAUUAAAAUUCUAAAUUCUUAUGGACUAAAUCUGUUUAUUUCAUGAAAGACUAGAAUGAAGCUGGUCGUUACUUUAUUUUACCUGAUAGAUGACCAAUAUAAUACAAAUACUAAGAGAAUAAUCCAUUUGUGCCUUUUUUGUACGUAUACUACCAAGUGAAUAAACCGAUGUCUUUUAACUGUCUUGUAAAUUUCACGACCAGCUGUUUGCAGUGUGCAUGCUAGACAGUAGACACCCUACAAAAAUGUUUGUUUCUAGUGCCAAACGCCAACAAAAAUUCCCCUUUCUACAAUAAUCGAAUACUCUAAGUGCGUAAAUGGGAGAAAGAAGUCCUCAGAUUCAAGAAAAUAUGGAAGAACAUGAAGAAGUCAUGGCAACACCAGAUGUUCAUAGAGUGGCUAUGGAAAUCAAGAGGGCUGAAGAGAAUUACCAAAAAUAUGCGGCGAAUCUUGAAGAGAAACCGAGCAAGGGUGAAGUUCUGUGUUGGUAUCUGUAUGGACUGUGUUCGUAUUUUGUUCAUACUGUUCUGAUUCCGAUUGUGUUCCCCCUGAUCAUCAGCCAAACCGUGUCCACGCCACAUGAGCCUCAACAAGGUUGGUUGAAGAGCUAUAGGGAUUUGAAUUGCAGGAAGAAUGAAAUGCAACUAUAUGAAGGACUAAUACAACGGUCUAUCAGUGUCAGUAACAAGAAUUUCUCCCCAUUAGAGUGGACUUCGAUUUCAUGGUUUACAGGACUCAUUCUUUCAGCACCAUUACUUGCCGUUGUCUCACUUCACCUCGAUUAUGACGCAAACCCGCAACUAAUACCUGGGGUAGCAACAGGUCUUGGAGUCAUCUUCUGCCUCCCUGCAGGAUUUUUCCGAAAGUCAUGGAUACUACCAGUAUACAUAGCCAUUAUUGUAGCAGCUAACACUACUGGUGCAGCCUACCAUGCCCGCCACCUCGGCCUAAUGAUCCGAGGAUUCAUCGGUUCGACCAUAACUAACAGCCGUUUCCCUGAUAGGCGAGUUUUUGGUAGUUAUCUAUCCCUUUACAGCACAGCAGCUGGCUGCUUGGGUGCUGCCAUUAUAUCAUCAUUCACGUACCAUAUGCUUGGAAGGGACGAUCACUUCACGGCCUUAUGGGUUGUGUCGAUUUUCAGUGGCCUAAAAUGGGGUGUCGGAUUGGUUCACAUCUUCAGCACUAAUAGGACUAGUUCGAGAGCCUUUUCAUCAUCAAACUCUGUACAAAAAGUCCAUGCCUUGUCAAUUUUCAAGUACCCUUAUGCAGUAGGAUGUCUUGCUUCGGUUUUCCUUUCAUCUUUCUCAACAAUGUGCAUUUUUGCAGGAGGGAUUCUUUAUGCAAUUGGCUACCUUUGCCUCGAACAACAUAACAUAUUAUUUCUAUGGUUAACAUAUUUCCUGGUUCCUUUACUUUCCCUUCCACUGCUCCAUCCAUUACAGCAGAUAAUGAAGGCAGAUGCCAUGAAAAUGAAGCUUCUUGGCUUCUUAUUAGCAACGCUCACUUCCGGUUAUGGAUUCUAUUUCCACAAACAAAAUUGGCAGAUAAAACAUCUGCUUGUUUUUGCUGCUGUCCAGAGCACCGCAAGUGGUCUGCUGCAUGCAUUUGGAAGGCUUCUUUGGUUAGAAUGUUCACCUGCCGGAAAAGAAGGAACCUUUUCAGUAUGGUUUUCGUGGGUGAGAGGAUUAGGCACCUGUGCCGGUUUUGCUCUUGCAACAGCUGCGCCUGGAAACAUUGGAAGGUCGUUUGGCGUAGCAUUUUGGGCUGGGAUUACCGGGAUGGUUAUUUUGAUCUUUGCCAAUAUCACUAGUCUUGAAGCAGCCAAAGCCGCCGGACUUGUGAUGGAAGAUAGCGAGAAAGCUUCGCAAGCGUAUGGCUGGGACGAUGGCAUCGACAUACAGGGCUCAGUUACAAUAGAUACACCAACUCAAGGGAAGAUUUGAGUUUAAGAUAGACUUUUUUUUCCUGAAGAUACUGAAUAAGUUGAGUUUAUCUGAUUAUUCUUUUGUAAUAAUUGGGAACAAUAACAGUUAAUUCUGUUGCUUUUGAUUAUUCUGAUCUGGUACUUUAAAUAACUGUAAACAUUCUUAGCACAAUCGA